CAUCUGCAGCUCAUCUUUUCUCUCCAGACCAAUGGUCGUUUUGAGGAUUAGAAAUGGACAAAAACGGAAAUAUACUUUUCUCUGCUUAUGUGUCACUGGCUUCAUCAUGUACAGAUAUCUUAGCAUGUCAGCAGGGGGACGGAGGAUGAGCAGAAAGGUCGGCCUGGUGGCCAACUCUUCACAGUUCACUCUGGAGGGGACACCCUUCCAAAUAAUUGGGGGCUCCGUCCAUUAUUUCCGCGUUCCCAGAGCAUACUGGAGGGACCGCCUGAUGAAAAUGAAAGCCUGUGGCAUCAACACACUCACCACACAUGUUCCCUGGAGUCUGCAUCAGCCGGAGAAGGACGUCUUCAAUUUCCACACUCAACUGGAUUUAGAAGCCUACAUCAAUCUAGCAGCAGAACUGGGACUUUGGGUGAUUUUACGUCUCGGUCCCUACGUCUCCUCCGAGCUGGAUCUUGGAGGUCUGCCCAGCUGGCUCCUCCGCGACGGCAGUAUGAGGCUCAGAACUACGUAUCCGGGCUUCACCCAGGCCGUCAAUACCUACUAUGAUAAACUGAUACCCAAAAUGGUCCCGCUGCAGUUUAAGAAAGGGGGUCCGAUCAUCGCAGUGCAGAUGGAAAAUGAAUAUGGAUCCUAUUCUAAAGAUGAAAGUUACAUGGCUUUCAUCAAAGAGGCUCUGCAGUCCAGAGGCAUCACUGAGCUCCUGUUUACGGCGGACAGCCACAACGCGCUCAAGUCUGGCGGGGUUGAUGGAGCCAUCAGAGCAGUGAAGCUGCGGAGACUAAGUCAAAGAGGCGUCCGGGAUCUGCAAGAAAUCCAGCCCAACAGUCCCAUGAUGGUGAUGGAGUACUGGACCGGCUGGUAUGACGUGUGGGGGGAGCUCCAUCAUGUGCUCCCUCCUGAGGACAUGGUGUCCGCCGUGAGAGAGAUUCUGAUGCGAGGAAUGUCCGUCAACCUCUACAUGUUCCAUGGAGGAUCCAGUUUUGGCUUCCUGACCGGAGGAAUCCAAGACCCAUCCUACAAAGCUCUGGUCCCCAGCUACGAUUAUGACGCUCCCUUGACUGAAGCUGGUGAAUACUCCCAGAAGUAUCAUCUGCUCAGAGAUCUGCUGUCUCGCUUCAACAUCCGUGCAGAAGGGGAAAGCUUCCCGGAGAUGCCAGCGCUGCGUUACAGAGAAGCAUAUGAGCCCACCAUCAUGUACCAGCACCUGUCAUUAUGGGAUGUCUUGAGCUUCACUGAGGGAUUUAAGUCACAUAAGCCAGUGAAUAUGGAGAAUCUACCCACGAACAACAUGAAUGGUCAGUCGUUCGGAUACACUCUCUAUGAGACCAUCGUCACCAGUGGAGGCUUGCUGAAGUCUGGGGACAACGUCCGGGACAGAGCUCUGGUGUUCUUGGACAAAGCUUUCAUUGGGCUUUUUAAGCGCCAAAGCCUGGAGCUUGCUCUUCCUGAUGGUAAGGGUGAGCGGACGUUAAGUUUACUGGUGGAGAACUGCGGCCGGGUCCACCAAGGUCGGGGCCUUGACAAGCAACGCAAAGGUCUUGUGGGUGAUAUUUUAUUAAACGACACUCCCUUACGGGAUUUUACGAUCUACAGCUUGGAUAUGAAACCCAGUUUUAUAGACAAUCUCCAUCAGGCUCCCUGGAAAUCCCUCCCUGAAAAGCCGAGUUUCCCAGCCUUCUUCAUGGGCAGGUUGUUUUCGUAUGGGUAUCCCAGUGACACAUUUGUGAAGCUGCCGGGAUGGGAGAAGGGUGUUGUCUUCAUCAACGGGAUGAAUCUGGGACGCUAUUGGUCCAUCGGUCCCCAACAGGCGCUUUAUCUCCCGGGUCCUUUUCUCAACAGCGGGAUAAACCAGGUUACUGUGUUUGAGGAGCAGGAAUCCGACUACAAGAUCAACUUUGAGGACUCGCCAGAUCUUGGAAUGGCAACAGACAUCAUGUAACAUAUUUCCAACAUAUAACAAUCCCAUGGGUACGACGCAAAAGAAACAGUCCGGGAUGUUUGUUUUUUCGGUGUGAUUUAUUUAACUUAUUUAACUGCAAAUACAGCAGUCUGCUUUAGCAGCUGACCAUUGUGUUGCCGGAACUAUGGUGAUUUUAACAUUCAUGGCCACAUGUGUGUGUCAUGACGAGGCAUGCCGCUGGAGUUCUACAUGGAAUCACCUGGUCGUGAAUAACUGUUUUGAACAUGCUUCUCUUCUUGAACAGGACGAUGAGAAGCCUCUAAAUGAGAGAUUCUGGUGCUAUUCAUACGGUUGAUGUGUACAGUACAAGUAGGUGGAGGGUUCAAAUCCCCACAGGCAACUCAGUGCUCGUGACUGACACAGAAGUGCAGAUUCACAACAAAAGAAAAUCGAUGCGGAUUGGAUAGUUGGCUGGUGUUGCCCCCCCCUCCCUCAGGAUAAAUCACCCCAAAAUUCUUGCAUAUCAGGUCCAUGAGGUCACUUCAGUGUGUUCUUUUCAGCAGCAAGGUCACACCGACUUCAUCAAGGUCUGGGGAGGCGUUUGUCUCCCAUGUGAAGCCCAGGUGUCUCAGUCAGCUGUCCCUAAUGUCAAACCAGAGUCAGUGCAUUCACAUAACAGACUUUCAAGUGUGAUGUUGUCUUUUUAAAUAAAGAAGGUUUUGAAU